AGUUCUGGCUUGAGCUUCCUAGCUAGUCACAUUCCAGUGUGGGAAGACCACAGGUACGAGGCUGGUGAAGAGAGAGGUUAAGUCAGAAAGGAUGAAAAAGAGAGACGGGUGUGAGCGAAGGGGGACAUGGAAAAAACUGUGAAAGGGAAGGAAAACAAAAACACACCAAUAAGGAGACCAUGGCGGUUCAGCACUACUGGCUACUGCUGCUGUUGUUCAACUGCCGUCAAAGGCUUACAGGAGCUGUGAGUGGCAUCAGUCCGCAUAUAAAGCAUUAUGAGGCCUUGUCAUAUGACAGGGAGGAUCUUCAUAGGAAGCACCUGAGAGCCAGGAGAGCCACACAACCUCAUGAAUACACACUGCAGCUAGACUUUACUGCUUUCCACAGAACUUUCCGUCUGCUUUUGAAACACAACGCAGCAGCAUUUUCAGAAAAUUUCACGGUGGUCAGUGAAAAUGGUUCCACAUCAGCUGACCUCUCACACAUAUAUUCAGGAACACUAGAAGGUGAACAUGGUUCAGCCUGCCAUGGCUCUGUGUUGCAGGGUCAGUUUGAGGGAACGAUCCAUACCAGCAACGGGACUUAUCACAUAGAGCCAGCACAAAGAUACACCAGCAACGAAACAGAUUACCACUCGAUAAUCUACCAUGAGGAUGACAUGGUCCUGCCAUCCAUGAGAACUGGCCCUGAUGGAUUCUGCAGCGCAGAACAUCUAAACCUCCUCGCCCAAAGCCUCAGACCCGAUGAGAAACUUGAUCCACAGGAGGCACCAGCGAGCCGGUUGAGGAGGACAGUGGAUGAGUCCAAGACCACCUGCCUGCUCCACCUCCAUGCUGACCACCUCUACUACAAGAGGUUCAAGUCUGUUGAAGGUGUCGUGGCCCAGGUUGCCUCCUACAUGCGAGCCGUGAAUGACAUCUAUGACAAGGUGGACUUUGAUGGGAUCAAGCUGAUUAACUUCAAAGUGAAAUCCCUCAGAGUGAUGACAGAGGAGGAUAAAAACGAUCCUCUGUAUCCUCUGUACAUCGGGCCAGAGAAACUGUUGAGUCUGUACUCUGAGAACAACUGGGGCAACUUCUGCCUGUCCUAUCUGCUCACCGACAGAGACUACAGUGGAGUGUUGGGGCUCGCCUGGGAGGGCAAGGCUGGUAACUGGGGAGGAGUAUGCUCACGGCAGACCACCCUGCGGAACGGCCAGACCUCCACCCUGAACACAGGUCUGGUCACAGUUCAGAACUACGGACAGUUCCUGCCUUCUCGACACGUCCAGCUGACCCUCGCCCAUGAGCUCGGCCACAGCCUGGGAUCUCCGCACGAUGAGGGCUCAAACUGUGGGAACCUCGGCUCCACUGGCGGUAAAGGGAGGUACCUGAUGUACCCCCACGCCACAGACGAGGUGCGCGAGAACAACGACAAGCUCUCGCCCUGCAGCAUCGAGCACAUCAGCAAGAUACUGAAGCUGAAGAAGGACGACUGCUUUGUGGUCAGUGAUCAGCCCAUCUGUGGAAACCAGAUUGUGGAGGAAGAUGAGGAGUGUGAUGUCGGUCACAACGAGACAGACCUCUGCUGCUUCAGUGCUAAACAGCCUGUGGGAGUCCAGUGUCGCCUCAAGCCUGGUAAAGUCUGCAGUCCGAGUCAGGGCCUCUGCUGCGGUCAGGACUGUGGGUUUAAGCCGGCGGGUCAGAGCUGUGACGAGGAGACAGACUGUCAGAGAGAGAGCGUGUGUUCAGGCCUCUCCUCGCGCUGCCCCGAGCCAAACGCCAAGGAAAACCUCACAGUCUGCAGUCAGGGCACGCGUGUCUGCCUGAACGGGAUCUGCACUGAGUCUGUGUGUUUGAAGCACAGCCUGCAGCAGUGUGACUGUCCAGGAGACUCCAUGAAGGAGAAGUGCCACAUGUGCUGCCAGCAGCCUGACAAGCCUGAGACGUGUGCCAGCACCACCUCCUCCGUGCUGUCUCGUCACUUCCAGAGAAAGGCGUUGCCGUUGGUCAGCGGUGCACCGUGUUCAGGGAACCAGGGAUACUGCGACAAAUUCCACAUGUGUCGUCUGCUGGAUGCGGACGGCCCCAUCGCAAGGCUGAAGAACUCCUUUCUCAACUUGGACGACUUCGACGACAUAGCAGAGUGGAUGAAGGCGCAUUGGUGGGCCAUCCUGCUGGCGAUCCUGACUCUGUCCGGAGUGAUGGGCUGCACCGUCUGCCUCUGCGGCCGAACGCUGGACACCAGUGACUUGUAGUGACCUCUGACUUUUGAUCCCUGCCACCUCUGGGAAUGGAAGUGGCAUCCUGAUGAUGCACAAAUUAAGUGGGAUUCAUUUAUCCGGGAUUUUUAAGUGUCGGGGUCACAUUGAAGAGAUUCUUUCGGUCACAUUUGUUCCACGUCUCAGUGUGCGCGGCAGGUGACCUGUGACGACGCUCGCGCCUGCUCGACCUGUCUCACGCUGUUGGUGGGUGUCUUCGCACGUCAUCAUGCGACUCGUGUGACUUUUCUGGUCACAUUUCAACAAGUGACGAGAGUCUCCUGCGAUGCAUGUGUUGUGGAAAACGUCCCUGUUGCUGCCAACAGUGAUGUCGGUCAACCCCCCCGAGAGGCCACAUAGCAUCAAACACCUACAGCGAUUUAAAGCCAUCUGUCCCCGCGAAGGCCGAUGGGACUCUCUUAUUUUCCCCUGCAGUGUCCUUGCUGUUCUGUUUGAACUUGAGUGCUAAUUUCAGCCUGUUUCAGUUCAGCCAGCUUUCCUUCACAGGGAGACUUUAUCAAGUGGAGGUCAGUGGUCCUCUUGGCUUAAAUGCUGUCAUGAAACUUGUUUUUAUUGCAUGUUUACAUAGAAAAAGACGAUGAUGUUUGAGUUAAUAAAGUGACAGUAAACAUGUUUAGAGGGGACCCGACCCUAGAAUGGGAACCACUGGGCUAAACUCUAACUCUCUAUGAAUAGUAAAAACUACUUGUGAUACCUCAGGAACAUUUUACUGCUAAUACUGCUGUAUUUUUGCUUAGGUAAGAUUUGAAUUUCAGAACUUUUACUGUAAUGGAGAAUACUCCAUUACAAGGAGUAUUGGUGUGUUAGUGCAUAAGUAAAGGAUCUGUGCUCCACCACUACUGAUCUGCAUGCCAUAACUAAAGCUAGUGAUGAAUCUAAUAUCUAUCUCGUGGGUCACCUUGACACAGUCAGCCAAACACAAUGGCGUCGCAGCUACAAGGACAAGAGGAAAUCAGAGAUUAUUUUGUACAAUUUAACAAAUCCCAGGACUUUUAUAUCAGAAACAGAUGUGAAGUGAUACUGAUAAUGAAUUAAAAAACAGGAUUAAAACACCUUGAGCUCGUAAAUGUGAGUGAUAGUGAUGGAAAAUAUUUACGAUUGAGGAAGGUGAGAGUAAAAAACUAAGUUUAUUAUCAUUUUUCACUGUCACGUCUUUAAAAUAAACAUCAGGCUCAGGAUGACCUCUCAGUUUACAGUUUUGGUUUAUUAAAGAAUUUAUACAGUA